ACUAUUUGGGCCUAUGCCCCAUCACCAAUUGUCACCCAAACACGGAGCCCGUUUGAUUGAUAGUCUUCGUCUCCAGACCCAAAACCUCCACUCAAUGGUGGUUCGCGCUUGAAUUGAACCCUUUCCUCCGCGAAAUCCUGAAAAGCAGCGAUUGCAUCUACUCUGUAUUUCCAGAUCUGCAAUCAUCCAUAUAUUACUGAAGAACAAUACAAUCCAAACUCCAAAUCCGAAAAGUUUUCAAUUUCCAGGAAACAUGGAUCCCGAUUCAGUGAAGUCCACUCUCCAAAAUCUAGCAUUCGGAAAUGUAAUGGCCGCCGCAGCCCGUAAUUACCAAAAGGAACUGCUUUCCAACGAGAAGGUGGCCGCCACGAGCUCCUCCAACCAAGAAGUCGACCUCGACGAGUUGAUGGAUGAUCCGGAGCUUGAAAAACUGCACGCGGAUCGGAUUAAUGCUUUAAAGAAAGAAGCUGAGAAGCGAGAAGCUUUGAAGAGGAAAGGGCAUGGAGAGUACAGGGAUAUAACUGAGGGGGAUUUUUUAGGUGAAGUUACCGGAACUGAAAAGGUCAUCUGCCAUUUUUAUCACCGGGAGUUCUAUAGAUGCAAGAUAAUGGAUAAGCAUUUGAAGACGCUUGCUUCGAAGCAUGUUGAUUCUAAGUUCAUCAAGCUGGAUGCUGAGAAUGCGCCCUUCUUCGUUACCAAGCUCGGAAUCAAAACUUUGCCUUGUGUCAUACUCUUCAGAAAAGGAGUUGCUGUGGAUAGGUUGGUUGGGUUUCAAGAAGUGGGAGCAAAAGAUGAUUUCAGCACAAGGGCGCUUGAAGUUGCACUAAUCAAGAAAGGUAUAAUUAGUGAGAAGAAAGAAGACGGUGAUGAAGAUGAUGGAUAUCUUGAAGGCGGUCGCAGGACAGUGAGAUCGUCUGUGAAUCUUGAUUCGGAUUCAGACUGAAACCGCAACCUGAGUUUUCAAAUGCGUUGUAUGCUUGUUGUGGCAUCUAAUUUAUGUUACCAUAUGAACGGAAUUUGUGGACCGCAUUUGCAGUGGAAAUAUAUUCUUCCAGGCAUUCAUUUUGUUAUUGAUGUUAAGUCAGUCGCUGUAUCUA